AUGUGGCUCCGGGUGACUGGCACUGCGCUGUGCCUGCCGCUGUUGCCUUUGUGUGCCACAGCUUUCGUGCAGGCUCCAGCCGCGCGCAGCACGGUCACGCCGCGAGUGGCUCCUCGAGCUACCGUGCAGAGCCACGCAGUGAAAGAGACACACCCAGCGGCUGUGCCUGUGGUGCUUGCUUUGGCAGGUGCUGCAGCAUUGGCAGGCGCUGGGGCAGCACGUGCCCGGAACACGAAGACAGCACGUCGGGCGAAUCUCGUGGCCACCCGCCCAGAUCAGGCAAUUCCAUGGUGGGACCGGAUGUCCAGGCCGACCAUCGAGCCCGGUAUCGGCAUUUGGGCGGAAAAGCUCAACAUGACAACCAUUUUUGAGGAAGAGGAAGGCAACGUUAGGACAGUUCCAGCAACAAUUCUGUGCGUAAAGCGCGGUGGCAACAUGAUCACUGACAAGAAGUGGCCUGAAAAGCAUGGACACUACUCCGUGCAAGUCGGCUACGAGCGAUACACUCCUGAUGAGAAGGAAAAGAACAGCAAGAAGGCGUUGCAGAUUCAGCGAUUGGCACGAAAUGAGUGCCCACCUCUGAGAAAGAUCAAGGACUUCCGCAUCAGGCCCCAAGACUGGGAGAAGUACGAGGUCGGACAGAAGGUCUGGCCGUCAGAUUUCCUCGAGGAGGGCGAUACAGUCGACGUGCACGGCUGGGCGAAAGGAAAAGGCUUUGCCGGUAGGAUCAAGAGAUGGGGCGGCAAGCGCGGUCCGAUGACUCAUGGUUCCAAGCACCACAGGAGAGAAGGUUCCAUUGGUGCCGCACGCCCCAAGCGUGUUCUUCCUGGAAAGCAUAGGGCCGGAUGGCAGGGUGUCUGCAAGAGUAUCGCCCACAAUCUAAAGGUUAUCAAAAUUAUGGACCGCAUCGAUGAGGACAACAUGCCCGAGUCCAUCAUUGUGGUGAAGGGCUCCGUUCCGGGCUACACAGCGCAUUGGGAAUCUGGUGGAUCCUACGUCUGGUUGCACAAGUCCAAGAACCGACAUGAUGGACGCUUCAAGCGCGAUCCGGUUUGGCUGUGGUAUUACCACAAGGGCGAGGAUGUGGAUCCUUUGGUGCCCAUCCAGGACAAGGCAUGGACGUGGAAGACCAUGUUCGGCCGCGACAUCCGCUGGAUCACUCACGAAGUCAAGAAAUAUUGGCCAGACGGUUUCCCUGGGUAUGACCACAUCAUGGAUCCUUUCUACGAUGAUUGCGACCCACACAUCGCGCUGAAAGCCCGCUCCGCGGAAUCCUGGCUGCAGGUCUUUCCUGAUGGGCUCAAUCGGCUCGGCUGUCGGCCUCGUCGCACCGGCUUCUUCUUGGUGGAGCCCAGCAGCUUCAAGAAGUACAUGUAUGAGGCGGACGAAGGUCCCAUAAAGCCGCCUCUCGUUCCGAAAGGUCCAGUGGUAGACCAAAGUGGCAAGCCGACUGGCCAGACGACGCUGGAGAAGACAAAUGGUGAGAUGCCCAAUGACAAGGACCUGGAGCGAGUUCCUCUCGGUGCAAAGGCUCCACCGGGAGAGUUCCCUCCACCGAAAGGGCCCGCGAGGAUAUCUCACAGCGAUGGGCCCGUCGAGCAUAAGAUGGAUCAGGAAUCUGAGCAGGCUGAAAAGGAGUUGGAGGAUGAUCUAGCCGACACGGAGGACAUGGACCAGGGGGAUUUGAAAACUGCUGAAGCCAAUAUGGUGGAAGACGAUGCAGGCAGCUGA